AUGCAUGCAUCAAAUAAUGGACAUGCUUUUACAAAAACGGAUUGGGAACGAGUAGCUGCGAUUGCCAAUGGUAAUGUCGACGUUAAUUCAGUUGGACAAUUUGGUGUUGGUUUCUUUUCGGUUUUUGCUUAUUCAGAUCAACCAAUAAUUACUUCAGGAAAAGAAUAUAUGACAUUCGUUUGGCGAGAUGAUCAUACAUUGAUGACUUAUCGUCGAGCAUUGCCUGUCGAAGAGCGAUCUCACUUGACUUCGAUCAUUCUUCAAAUGCGAAGUCCAUUAAUAGUACAGAUGAGUUCGAAUCUAGAUGGUAAACAUAAAACGGAGUUAUCUAAGACAAAGAAAACUAAUUUACAGAAAAAAACAGUGUCAAUACAUAAAAUCAUUCCAAAACUUGAUCUAGAAUAA